CCGCGGCUUAAAUCCAGUCGCGCGGGCAACUUUGCAGCGUGUGGUUGCGUCGUGUUGUAUCGUUGUCUCGCUUUGCGUCGCGUCGUGUCGUGUUGUGGUGGUGGCGGUGCCGUUGACGGUGACGGAGGCGGCGGCUGCAACGCUGACGGUGGUUUACAUUCGGGGAAUUUUCUUGUGCGUGACAAUAUUACCGAAACCUAACUCAACUCUAAACCUGAUACAGCGUCUUAACAAUAACACGCGCAAGUGUGACGUAUGCGUGAAUUCUUUCGGUGCCCUCGCGAAGUUGUGCAGUGUCGCGUGGUGUCUCUUUCCGCUUCUCUCUUUCUCCGUCCACUUAUCCCUCCGGCCCUUUAAUUCCCCCAAAGUAUAAAUAUUAUCGAUCGGUGCGACAGGAUAGUUGGAAAAAUUAAACAUAGUGUCAGGAAAAACUGGGAUUGGCGUUGCCUGGCGUGUAGCUGAUGCCAAGGUGCUGUUGAGGCUCACCAUCGAUCUCUGAGAUCCGGGGAAUGACAAAAAGCCGGAGUCAACAGCGGAUGCCUGAAAUGCGUGACCUGCGUGUCUAACGCAGAUGUAAAUCAAUGAAUCUGGGAUCCUAAGUUGGCUGAUCGCGAGCUUCGCGAUGGACGGAGGAUUGAAGCAAUCCUCCGCAAGUUUCACCGCGGGCCACGAACUCGGCUCGGAGACGACGGGUUCCGCUGAGGAAGGCAUCCUCCUUGCCAGGGUGCACGUGCCUGAGCUCAACGUCAGCAAAUGUCUUCAAUUCCCGAAGGAUCAGCUUGUCUGGGAUGUCAAGCAGCAGUGUCUCGCCUCGCUACCCAAGGUGGCUACUUGGUACAGGGAACUCAAGGAAAGUUUCAACUAUGGGCUGUUCUGCCCACCAGUUAACGGAAAAGCGGGAAAAUUCCUGGACGAAGAACGUCGUUUGGGGGAUUAUCCGUUUAACGGACCAGUGGGCUACCUAGAGUUGAAGUACAAAAGACGUGUGUACAAAAUGCUUCAUUUGGAUGAGAAGCAACUAAAAGCAAUGCACACCAGAGCAAACCUCCGAAGACUGCUGGAUUACGUAGCUAAUAGUCAAGUAGAAAAAAUAGCUAAAAUGUGCAGCAAAGGACUCGAUCCAAAUUUUCAUUGUCAAGAAUCAGGUGAAACCCCGCUAACGUUGGCAGCUACCCUAAAAAAACCGUCCAAAGUGAUCAUCGCAUUGGUGAAUGGUGGAGCCCUCCUAGAUUACCGAACAAAAGAGGGACUGACGGCUAUGCAUCGGGCCGUCGAGCGAAAUAGCUUAGACGCGGUGAAAACGUUGUUGGAACUGGGGGCUAGUCCAAAUUACAAGGACACCAAAGGCUUGACACCGCUUUACUACAGCGUCACGUACAAGACGGAUCCUAUGCUCUGCGAAACUCUCCUUCACGAUCACGCCACUAUCGGUGCUCAGGAUCUUCAGGGCUGGCAGGAGGUCCAUCAGGCCUGUCGAAAUAAUUUAGUACAACACCUUGACCACCUUCUUUUCUACGGGGCUGAUAUGAAUACAAGAAAUGCGUCUGGGAAUACUCCUCUGCACGUAUGCGCUGUCAACAACACAGACUCGUCGUGCAUUCGACAACUUCUUUUCCGAGGUGCUCAAAAAGACAGUCUCAACUAUGCAAAUCAAACACCGUACCAGGUCGCCGUGAUCGCUGGUAAUAUGGAUCUAGCGGAAGUUAUUAAAAAUUAUCAAGCCGAAGAAGUUGUACCGUUUAAAGGGCCUCCACGCUACAACCCGAAACGCCGCUCUAUGGCUUUUGGCGGUAUGACGACAAGCUGUUCGGCUAGCAACCUGGGAACUCUUACCAGAGUACCGUCUACCGAUCAGCAGCAUGACGUGUCGGGUCCUCUCAUUACGAGAACAAUUUCCAUUGAAGAGUAUGCCGGAGUGACAUUGACGAGGAUGCAGCACGCGGAGACGCAUAGCGGUAUAAAAAAUAUCGCGGCUAGAACACCGUUCGCCGAAGAAUUUACUGCAGGCACUUUGACCAGAAUUCCCUCGAUCGAACAAUACAAUUCUGGAGUUCGCACGCUGUCAAGAAUCCCAUCAGUCGAACACUACCCUCCUACGAAAAUGAGCGAAUUGCGCAAGAGCAGCCUAACCAGGUUACCGUCCAUGGAUCAAAGUGUCGGUGUGUCCAGAACAGAAUUUGGAACCCUCCAAAGAAUCCCGUCCGAACAACACUUGGGAGCCCUGGUCAGAAUACAAUCUGAUCAGCCUAACCUUGGCACCCUGGCUAGAACCGAACAGUUGAACACGCUCGACCGGAUACCGUCCGAAUACCAGAAUCCUAAUAGCUUAAGAGAUCCGAACACAAGAUUCCCACCUUCGGAGCACUAUCAAAACCUAAGAAUUGAGGGCCUCUCAAGGUUACAAGAGCAUAGGAUCGAGUUACAGCAUCGUCUGGACAUUCAUCGGACGAUGGACCUUCCACCAUCUCCAUCCCCAAGUAACAGAAGUCUCGCCCCAUUCAGCUCUGCUAGUUCUAGCCUGUCAGAGGGCAGCAAUCAACCGUCCGGCGAAGACUCAGCCAGCAUAGUUACAGACAAAAGCUUGGGUGAUACAGCAUCCGACGUUAUCAGCGAUAGCUCUGGUGUCGGUACAUCGCAAUCAGACACAACAAACUCUCUUUCAAUUCCUGGAACAACGGUCGUUUGUGUCGAAAGUUAUAAUACUGGUAUUAACGGGCACCUCGCAAUCAACCAAGGGGAUAUUCUGGAAGUCACAGGAGCCACGGAUUGCGGGUUGCUGGAAGGAAUUCUAAGGGGGCAAGGAACCGGUCUAUUUCCAGCGCACUGCGUACAAGAAGUGAGGCUGAGACAUACGAAUAUUCCAUUGGGUCCGCAAGCUACCAGAGAAGGACGAAACAGGGUAUUGGGACGUAGAGAAUCGCAGCAUAAAUACUUUGCAACCGCUCCACGUUUGAAGAAACCAGUGACGACGGAACCUCGUACCGUCGUGCUACACAGAUCCAGAAAGGGCUUUGGUUUUGUAUUACGUGGAGCAAAAGCCACCUCACCACUAAUGGAGUUAACUCCGUCGACCAGAUAUCCCGCUUUACAGUAUCUCGAUGAUGUGGAUCAGGGCGGUGUUGCAGAUAUUGCCGGACUGAAAAAAGGGGAUUACUUGAUCCAGAUAAAUGGCGAAGAUGUGACAACAGCUUCGCACGAGCACGUUGUGGAUCUGAUAAGAAAAUCUGGUGAACUUGUUCGUAUGUGCGUUGUUUCGGCUGUUGUCGGACUUCCAAAUUCUCAGUCUGCCGCAGCAUUGCCCAUUAGUCAGCCAAUCCAAAGGCAAUACGCGACACUGCCGAGGAAAGGAAACAAUAAUGUGGUCAUUGGUGGCACUCUUGGUAGGUCACCGGCACCAAUGCCGCCGAGAAGAGAUCCUAAAACAACGUUAAGCGUCGGAAGGGCUAGAGCUCGAUCCAUGGUCGCUGGAUUGGAGGGCGGCGGAGAAAAGGAUGAUGGAGAUGAAAUAGCUUCCACAGGUGCCAAGUCCAGUAGUGCAGAGUCGAUACAUUUGCCCCAACAACCAUUGACAGGAUCGAACACCGGGCAGAGUACGCCUGUCCAACCGAGAACGGCUAGCAUUCGUUCAAGGCCAACGUCUAGUCGUAUCACUGCUGCCGAACUUGAGGAGUUGUUCCAGCGACAACAGGGUAGUGCUACUGGUCAGUAUGGCUCGUCAAUGAUGAGCUCCCACUUUCAAACUGGAAACCAUGCGACUAAAUCUCACCCUUCAUCACCGGCAAAAUCUGGUCGUGUAUACGCCAGUGUGGCAGACAUGAAAAGGAAGGGAAAGUCGAACUCGAAGGUACGGUUCUUUGGUGGAUUGGGAGGUGGUUCCGAUCUUCACAGGGAUUUCCAUAGCACUCCGGAUUUGAACAUACAAGCGCAUUCUUAUAUUAUCGUCCCAAAAGGUCAUCGUAGUCAAGAGGAUGUGAAUGUGCUCGCCAGCAGAAAUGCUCUACCUCCACCAAAUCAUCCUCCCCCGCCUCCACCUGUUGGUCAGGUUGUCAAAGUGAACGUUGGCACUAGUGCGUCCGAUGUGGUAACACCGGCUGCAUCGGUUUACGAUAACAUAGCGCAUAUCCAACAAGUCAAAGAAUUGGCUGCAGCAACACCAGAAUCUGUGUAUGGCAUCAUGUCCAGCUUUCGUCCAACCAAUAGUGCCAAGUUGUACGCGUCGCCUGAAGACACAAAGACAGUAGGCUACCGCUCUCGCAGCUUGCCGGCGCACUCGGCAAGGCCGCACGUCAGGAAGUCUCACAGUCUCAGAACUCCGAACAAUUCAACAUUCAAACCACCUGGCCAGAGUAACAACCAGUUGACUAAGAAUCAGUACGCCCAGCCGUUGAAAACAAAUAGAAGUAACAAUACCGCAGGUCCUAGAGACAGGAAAAAGAAAGGUGGCAUGACAACAAGUUCGUCCGCAACGAAUUUAGCAGCACCGCCUAUACCCGAGCCAGAUUACAGCCUCUCAGAAUCGGAAAAUGAUGAAACCGACGGUGAAUCAGACAUUGCCAAGGCGUUGGAAAAAGCGGCAGCGAGGGAAAAAAUAGAAUCUGCCAAAGAAACGUCGGGGAACUCGAACGACUCUGGCAGCUCUUCCGGAAGCAGUUCGAUUCCACAUUCGUUCAGCGUUGAUGAAAUUCAAAAGGUCAGGACGCAGCUUAAGUCAUCUAAGAGCUAUCCUAAUGACUUUUUGUUGCAACAGACCCAACAGCUGAUGGAAGACGGUGACAACAGCUCUAGCGGUGUGAGCUCUGAUCAAGACGUGCCGGUCGGACCGCCGACAGGGUUUGACGACUCCCGGAACGAGAACAAUACCCACCCCAUGCCAGCGGAUAAAGAAAGUAACCCAAAGAGAAUGAGCUACAGCAGCGGGAUGCUGACCAGGCAUGCCGUCAGCCUGGCUCAGCUACCCCCGCCGAUAGAAGCCGAAGCCGACGAACAGAACAACGAUUUAUUUGUCCCACCUCCACCGGAAUUUAAUGCAGGGCCAUCGUCAGGCAGUAGCGACGAGCCGGUGUUUGCACCACCGCCUCAGUUUUGCGACAACAGGCAGCAAAACCGUGUAAAAAUAAUCGGAGCUAUCCCUAAAGUUGGAAAUAAUCAAGUAAAACCGCCCAGUGGAAGAUUGCACAGUCAGUGAACGGCUUGUUGGUGUUAUGACUGCAGAACUGCUGUGCGCGUGUGAAUGCUGUAUACGUACGUACAUACAUAAAUACACGGAACGCGCAGAACUUGAUGUGCAUAUACGUAUGUGAUGCCUGUAUACAUUGGUCUUGAUGGACAAACUUAUAUUCAUAUUGUCCUUGUACGGCACAUAUAUAUACAUUGUAGUUGUUUUCUUUACUACAGACACCGCUCAAGAGCCUAAUAAAACUGCACAAUCACAAAGUCAUAAAAAAUGUUUGUAGUUUUUAAUAAUAUAAGCAAAUGCAUAAUUAUUACCAUCAACAAAGCAUGAGCUUAUCGCGAAUUCUCGCCGAUACAUUCUUGUACUGCAAUACUCGACUUGUUAAAUAGUAGUCUUUAUUCCUUCCAUGCAUAAAUCUGUUCCUAAGAAUUAUUUCAUUGUAAAGUAAACUAUCAUAGUCUGACAAAACUAUUAGUAAAUGUGGGAAACUAUUUAUUCCCGGCUGAAAAUUGAUAUUUGAUUGUGUUUCAAGUUCUCAUAUCUUCUGUUGAAUUUUCGAAACAAAAUAUCUCUGCUCAUACUUAACUACUAUCAUUGUCAUAGAGUUUCACAUUCAUAGACUAAUAACUGCCCAGAUAAGCAGUUCAACAAUCGAUGGUUCUUGGGUACAGUAUCCUGUUUCAUUGUAUAUUUUAAUAUACAUAUAUUGAUAAUGAAGAAUAUUGGAAUGCACACAGUUGUAUGUUUGUCACUAGUAAUAACUAUAAAUAAGUAUUGCUUUAAACGUGAGUUAUUUCUACAAACGACGUCCAUGAUGCUUCAUCUCUCUGUUGUAAAUUAUUUUUUUCCCAUGUGCGUAUCAAUCCAACUUUAUAAUAAUUCAUUGUACAUGUUCAAAUAGAGUCAAAUCAGGGUCGAUAAAUAUUCAUGCGCAAGCAAAAAAAAAAAAACAAGAAAACAAUGUAUAGGUAUGCAAGUGUGUAAGUACGCAUCUUACGUAGAUACAUGAUUGCGAGGAAGAAUUAUGGUGAUACGUACCAUGUAUACCUUACAAUCAAGCCUACAUAAAUAUUGUACUAUAAUUGAGUAGAGAAAAGUUUAUCGAACUGUACUUCGUAAUACUUUGCAUACGGUUUUUGUUAACCUCGUUAAUAGUUAUUUAUACAGCUAUUUCCAGUUAUUGCAUCACAACAAUAGAAAUUUCAUUUGUUAGAAUUCUCUUUUAGUGUAUAUUUGUGUGUAAUGUAUAGUACAUGCCUACACCAUAGCAACUUUAUAAAGAGGCAAAUUAGAUUUGCGACAUGUGCAUACAGAAGUUCGAUCCAAGGGAAUUGGUUUGACAUAUUUGAUUCCUCUGACGAGACUCACGUAUCGAAAAAUAUAAGUAUGUUUGAAAAUUUA